CUCCGCCAUGGCCCUCAACAAGUCCAUGCACGCUCGCAACCGGUACAAGGACAAGCCUCCCGACUUCGCUUACCUGGCCGGCAAGUACCCCGAGUUCCAGCAGCACGUACAGACCACCCUCACCGGCAGGGUGAGCCUGAAUUUCAAGGACCCUGAGGCGGUGAGAGCUCUGACGUGUACCCUCCUGAAGGAGGAUUUUGGGCUUACGAUUGACAUCCCCGUGGAAAGGCUUAUUCCUACCGUUCCCUUGAGGCUGAACUACAUCCACUGGGUAGAGGAUCUCAUUGGUCACCAGGAUGCUGACAAGCAAGUCCUUAGGCGAGGCAUUGACAUAGGGACAGGGGCAUCUUGCAUAUACCCAUUACUUGGAGCAACUUUGAAUGGCUGGUAUUUUCUUGCAACAGAAGUGGAUGAUAUGUGCUUCAAUUAUGCCAAGAAGAAUGUGGAACAAAAUAACUUGUCUGAUCUUAUAAAAGUGGUGAAGGUACCACAGAAGACUCUUCUAAUGGAUGCAUUGAAAGAAGAAUCUGAGAUUGUUUAUGAUUUCUGCAUGUGCAACCCCCCCUUUUUUGCCAACCAGUUGGAAGCGAAGGGAGUAAAUUCUCGAAAUCCACGGCGUCCCCCUCCGAGCUCUGUAAAUACAGGAGGGAUCACAGAAAUCAUGGCUGAGGGCGGAGAGCUAGAAUUUGUCAAAAGAAUUAUUCAUGACAGUCUACAACUUAAAAAGAGGUUAAGAUGGUACAGUUGCAUGUUGGGGAAGAAAUGCAGCUUAGCACCAUUGAAAGAGGAACUUCGAAUCCAGGGGGUUCCUAAAGUUACUCAUACUGAAUUCUGUCAAGGACGCACCAUGAGAUGGGCACUGGCGUGGAGUUUCUAUGAUGAUGUACAAGUACCUUCACCUCCCUCUAAAAGAAGAAAAUUAGAGAAACCCCGAAAACCAAUUACAUUUAUGGUUUUGGCUUCUACGGUCAAAGAGUUAUCCAUCAAAGCUGCAGCUCUGGGUUGGGAUGCUGUAGAAGCUAUUGCUGUGGUUAGAGCCUGGGUAGAGAAGAUUCUCACUGAUUUGAAGGUUCAGCAUAAACGUGUUCCCUGUGGCAAGGAUGAAGUUAGCCUGUUUGUGACUGCCAUUGAAAACUCCUGGAUUCAUUUGAGGAGAAAGAAACGAGAGAGAAUAAGGCAGUUACGAGAACUUCCUCGGGCUUCUGAAGAUACUCUGCAAGCAAUGGAAGAGGAAAAAAACAGCCAGAAGAGCAUGAGCAACAACUCGGACUGUGAAAACCCCAAGACUGAAGACUCUGAAACGGGGUUUGUGGCACCUGAGGAGGAUGUUCACUUGGCCACAAGUGACGAGCUAACAGAAGAAUCUGCCACCAAAGAAGAACACAGUGAACAUGUGAAGGAGGAGGAGACAGAAGCGAAGCGGGGAGAAAUGUCACUCGUCAAAGGUUCCAGUAAUGCAAAUGAGGAACCUUGCCCUUCAGAGGAAGCUAGCAGUCUGACAGUUGAAAAAGAACAAAGUCCGAAAGAAACUAGUAGAUGUUUUCUCUUUAAGUGUUUAAUGAAUGUGAAGAAAGAAGGAAAUGAUGUAUUAGUAGAAAUGCACUGGGUUGAAGGACAGAACAGAGACUUGAUGAACCAGCUGUGCACGUACUUACGGAACCAAAUUCUUCGACUGGUUGCUAGUUAGCCCUUUUUCCUACCUUAGUAAAGUCAGUCAGUCCUCAAAUUUUGUAAACUAUUUUUAAGGGUUUAAAGUUUUCAGUUAGCGAAACCUGUUUUUUUCCCUUAAAGAAGAAAUGAAUAAAAUGGAGAUUAAAGUCCCCUUUAAUAUUUUAAAUAGCUUUUUCAAAGCUGCAACUAGUACAUGAAGUGUACUUCAUCAGACAUAAAGUGAUGGGGAAGUAAUAGAUUUUGGGCUGCAGUUGUAAAACUACAUGUUAAAGUGAAACAUGUCUAUGCUGUGAGCAUUUCAAACAUCAGCACUGUUUAUUCUGGUCUUUUUUCUGGUGCAAUAGAAUUAUAUAUUGUUACUAAGUAGAAAUCUUUACUGAAAUAUUUUCUUCUAUAUUUUUUCAAUACUAAUGCAGGAAACGGUUAGUCUGCUGUGGGAAUUGUUUUCUGCAGCAAGGAGUCUUCAACUAAGGAUUCAAGUAUGCCUCUCUUCCCUUUAAUGCAUUUAACCUUUGGUCUACAGAGUAGCAAGAUGGAUACAUCCUUU